AUGGCACCAGUCGCGCGAUCUUUCGAGGUUCCCAGAGCUACCUCCGUGCGUCGCUUGAUUGAAUCUUUCGGGAAGGACCCGUGGAAGCUGAAAUACUUCCUCGAUCUGAAAGAGACGUCACCUCAAGCGGCUCCCUGCGUCAAAUGCCCUGAGACCGAGGAAUCUCACAUGCUUGACUUGCUCGCCAAGAUGGCACUCUAUGCUCCGGAGUCGUGGUAUGAGAUCGUGACAGGACAGAAGUGCCCGGCAGAAGCCAAGAACGACUACCCAAAUAUCGGGGUAGCCUUUGACGCCAGCUCUAGAUUGCGGCGUGCGGGCAUUGAAUGGUACCACAACGAACUGACGACGCGAUGGAUGCAGUCUCACGGCGGCGUGGUUCCAUUCUGCUACCUGCCGGCGAGCCUUCAAGGCGCGACGGCCCUUGUGGAGACAAAGUCGUGGCAGACGGUGCAAGCCGAGGCCCAAGCCUCAAUUCACCUUUGUGAAGAUAGGGUCCGAAUGCAAGUAAGGUUUUGGGGUCUAUUCUACUAUAACUCGCUGUGGACUCUCCGAAAAAUAAUGAGUCCCCGUUUUCUAGAUCCAGGACAAGAUACCUUCGCAACCGUCGGCAGAGUCCCCGACUGUGCGGGUGGUGGCAAUCAGCGACACGCAUCUCUUGCACCACCUUCUACCGAAGCUUCCCCAAGGAGGGACGACAUCUGA